AGAAAAUGUCUACUUCUAACAUUGCAGCAAGAGUGGAAACUUGGCUUUCAUCCACGUGGCAUGUUAAAGUUCCUCUGACAUGGCUGGAAGCAUGUAUUAGUUGGAUCCAGGAAGAAAAUAGUGGUAGUGACUUAAGUCAAGCUCAGAUUAACAGGCAGGUAUUUGAGCAAUGGCUUCUUACCGACCUAAGAGAUUUAGAGUAUCCAAUUUUGCCUGACUGCAUUUUAGAUGCUCCCAAAGGAGAGUUGUCAGGUUUCUACUCCAUACAGAUUGAUUCACUCAUUGAUGUUAGCCAGCCAGCGUAUUUGCAGUUGCAGAAGUUAAGAGGGAAAAAUACUGUAAAUGAAGAAGUAACAGCCAGUACUCAGGCGUUCCAGAAGCCCUGGGAAGCAAAACCUACUCGAAUGCUGAUGCUGCAACUAACUGAUGGGAUACAUCAAAUUCAGGGCAUGGAGUAUCAACCAGUGCCUGUCCUCCACAGUAAUCUUCCUCCUGGCACAAAAAUCACUGUACAGGGUAUCAUUGCAUAUCGUCUGGGAGUCCUUCUGCUUAAACCAGAAAAUGUGAAACUGUUGGGGGGUGAAGUGGAUGCUCUUCUGGAGGAGUAUUCUCAGGAAAGAGUCCUUGCUAGAUUAAUUGGAGAAACUGAAAACCCUAAUUCAGUUGGACAAGCUGGUCACCACCAAAUUGUUUCAAGGCCCGUGGAUGAAUUAGAACAAACUCUAGGCCCUUCGGAUGAAGAGCUUUUAGCCAGUCUUGAUGAAAAUAAUGAAUUUACUUUAAACAACAAAACAUCUUUAGAAAGUGGAUACUGCAGUAGAAGCAACAAUUUUAGUACAGCCUCAGGUUCACUGACUGCACACAAUGGAAAUGUUUUGCUAUGGGAAUCUGGAAGUCCUUUGCCUCAUUCAGAUGAACAAGUUUCACCUCCCAUAGCAUAUGCUGAUGGCUUUUUUAAUGACUUUCCUUUAGAAGAUGACUUUCUUCUAGAAGAAGAGAUGCAAAGAGACGAAGUGCCGCCAGUGAACGUGAACAGAAACAUAGGUUUAAUUACUGAGACACUUCCACAUACCUCUAAAAGCUCCUGCAAUUUAUCUUUAAAUGGCAUUUGUGAAAAAGAUGAUGUGAAUGAAAGAGAUAAGUCUGUAGAGACUACCAGUAAGCAAAAGACUUUUGGAGGAACAGUAUUUGAUGGAAAUGGAAAUAGUACGAGUAGCUUUUCACAGCACAAGAGCACACACCAGACCUGCAGUUCUGCAGAUUUUUCUUUGGAAAAUCUUGCUGAAGAAAGGCAGAAUGAUACGGACCUAGAUGAGAGCAGAAGUAAAUCCCAGCACACUUCUGAUAGCAGGCUGUUAAAUGAUGAUCCUGUAUUUUUCUCAAAAACAAAUCCAGAAGCAGAGUCAUGGACCUUUCCUUGCAGAGCGGAAGAGGCACAUUUAGAUUUAGAUUCUCCACCUUUCACAUAUAUUUCCCUUCUCCUUGCAAAAAAACUAGAAACUGUUACAAUUCUGAAAGUUAAGUGUUUUAUUGUUACUCUCACUGGAAACCUCACAAGCAGCAAUGGGUCUUGGGGUAUAAAGGCAAAAAUUUCUGAUGGUUCAGCUUAUCUUGAAGUAGAUUUUGCUGAUGAUAUUCUAACAAGUUUGAUUGGCUUUUCAGUGGCUGAAAUGAAUAAGAUGAAAAAGGAUCCAGCUUUACAUCUGAAGCUUAAGGAUGGUUUAGAGAAAUGUCAAAAGCAACUGAUAGAUCUCUGUUGUUUGAUGACUAUAGAGUUUAAUCCACUUCAGUCUAAAGCCACUGUAUUAAUUCUCCAGGAUGCUGAUGCAAGGCAUCUAGAACAAUUGAAGAAACGUUUGAAUAAAUAA